AUGGUUCAGGGAACAAAGGUGUCUCUGGUCAUGGAUGUCUUAGUGCAUACAUCGGGGAUGUUGCUGGGUACUACUGUUCCAGGUCAGCAGAAAAUUCGUGUGAUUGGGGAGGUUGAUUCCCGAGUGAGGGGGUGCAAGCGGCUGUCAGUUUUUGACGUCCUUUUCGACUCCAGCAAGGACGAGGUGGACCUUUUGCUGACUGAUCUGACAGUGGUGAUUGCACAUGGAAUGAGGCCGGCAGAGGACAUGUUCAGAUGCGUUGAGCUUUGUGCAGGUCUGGCAUGUUCUAGUACGGGCUUGUCAGCAGCGGGGUUUCGACAUGCUUGCAGUGUUGAGUGGCGUGCCCCUCUGGUUGAACUCCACCGGACUUGCAACCCAGGUGUGCCAGUGAUCCAUGGAGACAUUUCUGACCCAUCUGUCAUCAAAGAGAUCGUGCAGCGUGUUGAGCCUCCUUUCACCAUGAUGACAGGUUUUUCGUGCCAGCCCUAUUCCUCUGGAGGUGCUCAAGGCGGGUCCAGUGAUGACAGAUCCUCGACAGUACCAGCCACCAUUCGUGCUUGUCACCUGUGCCAAUGCCCGCUGCUCAUCUUGGAAUGUGUGACACAGGCCCGGUCCAACCAGUUUGUUCGGUCAUGCCUCCAGGUCCUGUCUGACCAGCUUGGAUACCACCUCUGUGAAGUGUCGUUGAAGCUCGAGGACAACUGGUGUGCCAAGCGUUUUCGUUGGUGGGUGGUUGCGUCGCAUCCUGCGCUUGGGUCCUUGUCUGUCCCUGUUUGGCCGAAGAAUCCUAGUUUGUGCAUCCGUGAUGUCAUGCCGUUUGUCCGAACUUGGUCCCCAGAUGCCAUGCAGGAGUUGAUCUUGACUGCACAUGAACAGAAGGUUUUCACGCUCGAUGGUUCCUCUCUUCGGAAGUAUCACAUGCAAAUGGAUGGAAAGCUGCCCACCAGCUUGCAUUCGGCAGGCAGUCAAGCCGAUGCCUGCCCUUGUGGAUGCCGUCAGGCGUUUAGUGAAGCCCUGAUCAAGCAACGAGGUGUGUAUGCACAGCUGAUUCAGGUGACAUCGGAGUCUGCCGUCACCUUCCGACACCUGCACCCGUGUGAGCUUGCCAUUCUGAAUGCAAUGCCACCUCCACCUGCACUCCUGAUGGGUGAGGUUGCCAAUUUGCGUUUGUGUCUUGGAGCCAUCGGUCAACUUGCCUCUCCGUUGCAGUCGGUCUGGGUUGGUGCCUGUGUGAUGCAGCAAGAUUUGUUCCCCAAUGUUCCGGUUGGCCCUUCGACCCUUGAGUGGACUGUCUUGACCUAUCCUGAUGGCACCAGCAAUCGAGUUCAGGUUCAAUCAUCCACCACUGCCAUCGAGCUUUUCCAAGCUGAAUUUGUCUUGACCAAUGAGGCUCCAGCCGACCAAUGGAUCGACUCUGCAACUGGCCAGACUUUGGACUUUUACAGCCCGGUUGCCGGCAAACGGAUCAUUGUCAACAGACCAGAACUGCCUGACAGUGGUUCCCAUGAUGUCCUGCCGUCAUCCAGUGGGAGUGCUAGUCUUGUGCCAAUGGAUUUUUCUGACUUGAUUCCUUUGGAAUUUGACCCGCCUGCCACGGCAUUGGACUUGGCCGAUGAGCAGUCUGAGCAGCCUGAAGAUGAGCCGAUGCCACCAGAUGCCUCUGGCUCCCACGACAGCAGAGCCACUGCGCCAGAUACCACGCCUGCUGAUGCCGCUCCACCGCCAGGCCAGUCCAUGGACACCCUCUUUGGAUUUCACAGUCUCUCAGGGGCCCAGCUUGCCGCUUUGGUUCCACCCCUUGUGCCAGACCUCCACUCCUGUAGAAUGUUCCGUCAGGCAACUGUGCACAGCCCCUCUCGUUUGCGUGUGCUUGAAAAUCAGGGUAGUGCUAUGGGAGACGAUGAGCUUACCUUGCAUUUUUAUGCCUGUCUGUGCUUGUCUGGUCGCAAAGAAGUGCAAUAUGACCAGCAUCCUGCUCUUCCGGUCAACGACCAUUGGAUGCCAAUCAUGUGGUCCUUGGGCAUGAGUGAAGUUCGUGUUUCCAUGUGGGAACAUGUUGAUGUUGAGAUUGAUGAGCUGAGUGCUUUGCAUGGAUUGGUCAGCACAGCUUGGCGUAAGCCUCUGUUUAGCCUUGCUUGCAACCGGCGUUCCUUUGCUCGUGGCUACUGCGGUGCGGCCUCUGUUGCUUUUGCCUUCCACAAGCUUCUGGGCAAGAACCUUCCCUCUUCUGAUGAGUCGGAGUUGGUGGAAUUGCAUGCUGACCUCAAAGCAAGCUUUGUCGAAGCUUCUCGUGCGGAUCUGUUCUCUCGCAAGCCUUGGUGCUGGGGUCUUGGUGUUCCGGAUGUCAUUGGCCUUACUGGUGGCAAAACAGAUGUGCAAAAGGCCAUCACAGGGACAGCCCCAUGGCGUUCUUUGAAGGCCCUUGCCAACAUGCAAAGCCCGCCGUUGCAAAUGGUCUUGCCUGAUGAGCAGCAACAACACAAUCAAGUCAAGUUCCCUUUGCUUCACAUGGGUCCCCUGUCUACUGGUGUAGCCAUCACCACGUUCUCUGAUACUGUUCCCUUCCUGACCUCCGGCAAGUUGUUGACCAACCAUGGACUUGCACUGUUGGUCUUGAACCCACCAAGUGACCUGCAAACAUCCCUCACCUGGUCCACCAUCAGGUUCGCAGCUCGAUGCAGCAUGAAUCAAGAGCCCAUGUUGGUUUCUGGAGUGCUGGUGCAACUUGGGCGCACCACUGUCUAUCAGUACACUGCGAAGGACAUCCCAGCCAUUUUGUCGGUCGAGGUUGCAUGUGCCAGGAUCACUGUUUUCCAAGAUCAAUGGGAUGGCAGCUGGGAGGAGUUUGCUGCCCGACCUGUCAAGCAUGUGUUGGCUGUGUUGACCUGUUUGCAGACCUGUCGCUCCAAGCCCGACUGUCAGUGCUCUGCUUGGCAUCCCCCUGAGGGCCACACCCAUGACGCUGUCCUCGAUGUGUUCCGUCGUCAGUUUUUCAAUGAUGUUGGCAGGUCGGUGAAAUGGGACAAGGUUGUCCGGCUACCACAGACGGAAUUCAGUGCUGUGGCGCAUCAGGCCAAGUGUGAGCUGGACUGCCUUGGAAUUGCACGGUCAGGCAAGAGAUUCGGCCUCCGGGUUCACAUCACCCACUUUCAGCGGGUUUUCACCAACACAAAGCCUGAUGCUGUUUACCUCGCCCCUGGUAGCCGCGUCACCUAUCAGUGCGGCCCCUGGCCCUUUGGCUCUGACCGCAAAGCCAUCGCACGGAUCCUGAAGACUGGAGGCUGGGAAUGUCGUCCACUUCAACCCCUCCAUCACGUCCCAGGAGGCCUGAUGUGGGCAGUUCAAGCAGUGACGGAACCUCCAGUCACGGUGCUAGCCAUGCAACACGGCCAGGUCUUGAUCACCCGACAGGACACCAAGGUCCUGCCGACGGAGCCAGAAGCCAAGAUCGUCGGCCACGCCAAAACGGUUGAGCUGUGUCGCCAGACGGACACCACCAGCCAUGAUCCCUGGCUGCAACAGGACCCCUGGUCCAAGGCCAUCAGCCUCACUCCAGCGACCCCUGUCGCCCAGCCAGCACCCAAUGUGUUGCAUGAGCCUGAACAGCGACUUGAGCAGUCCAUUUUGGCAAAGCUCCCCACGGAGAAAAUGGAAGUGGACGAUCAGGACCAACGCUUGCAGCAGCUUGAAUCUCAGGUUCAACAGCUCACCACCAAGCAGGCAGCCAUGGAAAACACCAUCCAUGAGCACCACCAGCAAAACACGGUCCAGGUCCAGACCUUGCAACAACAGAUGAAGAUUCUUCAGAUGCAACUGGACAUGCAAACACAGCACAUGUCCACAAUGUUGUCAGACCAAAUGAGCCGCAUCGAUGCCAUUUUGGCGAAGAAACCCCGCCCUGAUGCCCCAUGGAAGCUUGGGAUUUGCAAUCCCUCUGGAUUGCAGGGUAAGCACCACAUCUUGUCUAGCAUCGAUGCCAGUGUUGUUGCCGUCUCUGAGACACACCUCACCAAGGCUGCUCGCCGCAACCUUGCCAUGUCUUUUCGGUCCACCAAUUCGAAGUUCAAACAUGUGCUGACUGGAGCUCCACUUCUUCCCAGGUCUGAUGCCAGUGACGCCGGAAGCUGGUCUGGAGUGGCCUUCACGUCGGCCUACCCCUGCAGGACAGAAAGGCUUUUGGAUUUUGCUUUGGAUCGACUUUUGCUCCAACCAGGGCCGAGAUUCAUGGCAGGCGACUGGAACUUCCCGGUUGAAGCGCUGCACAUCACUGAUCGCCUGCAUCAACUGGGCUGGGUUGAAGUCCAAGACUUGUGUCUUUCUAGGACCGGCCGACCAAUUGUCAAUACUUGCAAAGGUGCCACCCGAAAGGACUACCUGUGGCUCUCGCCCGAACUUGCCCUUGGAUUUUUGGAUCUCCAUGUGGAUUUCGAGACUUUUGCGGACCACGCUGUCCUUGUUGCGUCCUUUGCUGGUGGCCGUGCACACCUUGAGCGUUUCGUCUGGCCGUGCCCCAAACCUGUUCCUUGGUCCAAAGUGUCCGUCAUGGCUGCGAGUGUGCCAUUUUGUUCCCCACAUGAUCCUACUCAGCAGUAUGCGCAACUUUGGCAAAGCAAGGAAACUCAAGCCCAGCUGGAUUUGGCUGAUGAAUGGAUGCCUGGUAUGGCUGGUCGAGCUGCCCAGACCAAGCCCAGACGUGUCACUGGCAACCAAGCGCCUUUGAAGCAAGGUCGAGCAGGUGACAUCCAACCGGCCUUCUUUGGAUUUUCAGCUGUGUAUGCCAAACAGUUCAAGCAACUCCGCAGGCUGCAGAAUUUUUGUCGGUGGGUUGACCAGCGUCCCCAAACUGGCAUUGUUGACUGCUUGCAUGGCAUUGGACUUUGGAAUUCCAUCCUUAGGGCCCCUGGAUUUGGCUCUUCUUUCUCUGAGUGGUGGCACUCGCGCCACUACCGCAGUCCUGCUGACCCUGCUCAAAUCCCCCAGUUUUGUCCCAGCCCCAGCCAGGCUCGACAGAUUUUUGAUGCGGUGCUUGCUGAAGUCCGUCUGUUGGAGCAAAGGUUGAACCAUGCGAAGGCUGCCCACCGAGUCUCCCAACAUGCACAUGACCGGCAUCUGGUGUUCCGAGAAGUUGCCCGUGACCCCCCUGAGCCUGUUGAAACUUUGAUCCACAGGGUUGAAGCUGACGUGGUUCGUGUUGACUUGUCUGAGUGCGCUGUUGAGCUUGAAGUUCCUGUCUGCCUUGAUCCUUGUGAGACUUUGUGGAUUUCAGGCAAGGAACACAAGGUCAUCCAUGCUGAUCAUGACAAAGUUUGGCUCACUGAUGUGGAUGACGUUCAACCACAGUCGAAGCUGGUGCAGUCUAGGCACGUAGGUGACUUGAGGGCCAUUUUUGAAGCUUUCCAUGAGCAAUGGCAAUUGCGGUGGUGCAAGCAUGAUGGUGUGCCUUUCUCUCAUUGGUCUGAGCUUGUUGCUUUUGCACAGCGGGUUAUUCGUCCAAACCGGCUGCCUCACCUUGUUGUUGAUGGACCCUUGAUCCAAGCCGAAGGGGCACGCAAGAAGAAGAGGGCGGCCACUGGCCUUGAUGGAGUUAGCCGUGCUGAUCUUCUCGCGGCGGACCCUGCCACUCUGCAGAGCUUGGCCAACCUCUACGCCCGCGCGGAAGUCGAUGGACAGUGGCCCAGUCAACUUGUGGCUGGCAAGUCUCGGUACUUGUUGCGAUUUGCUGAAAGCUGGGUUGAUGAAAGUGUCUAUGGAAAUCGCCGUGGGCGCCAGGCCUCUGACCUUUGGACUUACUUGUUGCAUGAGAUCGAGAAUGCCUACGCCACUUCCACUCCUCUGGCCGGCGUUUCUGCUGACUUGGUGAAAUGCUUCAACUGCGUUCCCCGGUUUCCUGCGUUGUGCCUUGCGGUUUUGGUUGGAACACCGGAUGCGGUCACCACGGCGUGGAGUGGAGCUUUGGCACAGAUGUGUCGUCACUUCAAAGUUCGAGACUCCUACUCUGAUGGUUUCCUGACCAGCACUGGACUUGCUGAGGGAUGUGGCUUGAGUGUCUAUGGAAUGCUCCUGGUUGACCAUCUCUUUGCGUGUUGGAUGCGAGUCCAAGCUCCCUCCAUACGGUGUUUGACUUAUGUCGACGAUUGGCAGACGUUGACUAUGGAUCCCACUUAUGCCAUUCGUCAACUCGACCUUGUGGAGCAGUUUGCCAGUUACCUUGAUCUCACUGUCGAUCGCCGCAAGACGUUCGGCUGGGCCACCUGCCCCAACAUGCGACGCAUCAUGCGGGAGGGUGGCAUUACUGUUUUUCACCACGCCCGAGAGCUGGGAGGCCAUUUUGGAAUUUCCAGGCAGUACACUAACUGCACUCUUACUGACCGGCUCUCCAAUCUUGAUUCCUUCUGGGACAAGCUGCGGGUUAGCAAAGCUCGAUACCCGGCCAAGCUCUUCAUGCUUCGAGCUGUUGCGUGGCCACGUGGGCUCCACGCUGUCUCUAGUGCCCCAGUAGGAGAUCAGGCUCUGGGCUGGCAGAAGCCAGGUGUCAACCCGGCUGUCCUCCUUGGCAUGGUUGAAAGCCUGGUCGACCCGCAGUUUGUUGGCUAUCUUUGGACUUUUCGUGCCUUGCGUGUGCAUAGCCCGGUGGACUUUUGGGCGUCCAUGGUUGCUCCACUGGCUCAUGGAGACUUGGACUUACCUCCCAACUCCCCGGCUGCUGUGGUUCUUCACCGCAUCCAAUCCCUUGGGUGGUCUGUGCAACGUUCCGGCCAGGUCUGCGACCAGUUUGGCUCGUUUUGUUUGCAGUCUUGCAACAGCACCGAACUUGAACUUCGACUUGCCUGGGCUUGGAAUUCGGUUGUUGCGCAUAAGGCGGCUCAUCGGUCUGACUUCCAAGGUCUUGCCCAAGCUGAUCUUGGUGCCACGCGUCAGGCCCUGCAAAGCUUGCCGGUUGACGACCAAGCGCUCUACCGCUUGAGCCUUGCUGGUGGGUUGUUCACUGAACGAUACAAAGCCAAAUGGACUGACAAACCAGACACCUGUCGCUGGUGCGGGGCAUCAGACACCUUGCGGCAUCGUUACUGGGAGUGUCCACAACAUCAUGACCUCCGGGUCGCUUUGGCUCCUGAUGUUCCGGCCGUGUUGGACUUGCUUCCACCCGCCCUUGCACUCCGUGGAUGGGCACAACUUCCCCCCACUUGGCACACCUGGACUCAACUCCUCUUGGACUUGCCUUCUGACCUUCCGGUGCCGUGGACUUCCUUUGACUCUGGCCGUUGGACUGACCUUUUCACUGAUGGGUCCUGCAUGUGUCAGUCGAACCCCCUGCUGCGUUGUGCUGCGUGGUCGGUUGCCGUUGUCCCGCCCUUUCAGGCUGAGUGGAUUCCUGGUCAGGUGCAGAUGCUUGCUGCCUCCUACCUCCCUGGGUUAUGCCAGACCGCUUACAGAGCAGAACUGUACGCAGUUGCAUAUGGUCUUCAUUGUGCAGCAGAGACACACGCACCGGUGCGUAUCUGGACAGAUUGCAAAGGAGUGCUUUUGAAGUUCCAUACAUUGGUGCGAGGGCACAGCAGAAUCAAUCCCAAUCGAAGCAAUGCUGAUUUGUGGACGUGGGUUUUACAAUCAGUUGACAGACUUGGAAGUGAGAACGUGCUGUUGUUUAAGGUUCCGGCUCACCGCGCUCUGCAUAGCGCCACCAGCCGCAAGGAAGCGUGGAUGUUCUUUCAGAAUGACUAUGCGGACAGGGCCGCCAGACUAGCAAAUCAGUCGAGGCCUUUUGGUUUUUGGCAAGUUUGGGAACAGCAUGCAAGUGCUGCGGUAGCGGCCAACAACCUUUUUCAACAGGUUCGGGAUUUACAGCUUGCAGUUGGAAGGCGACAGGUUCAGGCCAGCGUCAAUGUUGCUGAGCCUGAACCUGUUCGCCCUACGAGAGUUUUUGUCAAGGAGUUUUCUUUGGGACAGUGGACGGGCGACAUCCCUUCACAGGUUGCACGCCUGUUUGGACUUGAAAUUGUGCGGAAAGCCACGGCUUGGUUUCGUGCCCGAGUUGCAAUAGGCGCAGGAGGAACCCUGGAAUGGAUCUCGUUUCAUCAGCUCUACAUCGACUUCCAGCUUACCUGGGGACACCCGGGACCGCUCAAGGUCCAACGGCAGUGGGUGGAUGCUGAAACGCGCCCGUACCUUGCUCCGGAGACGUAUUCCAGUAGGGUUCGUGUACGUUGGUUCCGUCAGCUGUUGAAGGCGAUUUGGCAUUCGACAGGAGUGAAGGUUGCUUUACAACAAUGCAGACCGAGGUCCAACUUGUUGCAGGCGUAUCUGCCAUCGGCGUCAUUGCCCUGGGACGCACGCGCGGUGCAAGAAGUUGAGUCCUGGUUUUCGACGGCCUUGUCGCGGCCGUGCACCCGUGAUGCAGGGGUGCUCAAAAACCUGCCCUUAGCAGCGAAGCUGGUUCGGAUGCAGGAGUUGCCACAUUGGCAGUACGAUAAGAUGCUGGAGAUGAAAACUCAAGUGGGGCCCGUGGAAGACCACGACCUGUUGCGGUUUCUGGUGGCGCGCAAGUGGAACGUCGCUGCCGCGGUGGAGCAGUUCCAGGCCAUGCAGAAGUGGCGCCAGCAGAACCGCGUGGAGCGGUUUCGCCAGAACGCCCCGGGGCCCAUAGGGCCUGAAGCGGCGCAAGAUGCAGCGCAGGAUCCACGUUUGAGUCGUCAGAAUGUGGAGGUUUUUCCGCAGCUGAGGUUGGUCGAGCAGGUUCCCAACGAAGGAACUCACAUUUUCCUGGGCCAAACCCUGGCGUUCGGCUUUGACAAGCAGGGUCAUCCGAUUCAGCUGACCAACGGCGGCUUGGCGGGUCAUCGUUUCCUCGAUUGGUUCCGAAUCGUGGGGGGCCGAGAAGGGGUGCUGCAGCACCUCAUUCGCUCGCAGGAGUUGCAGGCGGCGCGAAUGGAAGAAUCUUCCAGACGACUGGGGCGACCAAUUACGAAGCAGGUGGUGAUCACGAAUGCUGGUGGGAUGCCCAUGCGGCCCUGUCCCCAAGCCGUUGCGGCCUUCAAGGACUUUCUCUUCGUGAGCUCUCGCUACUAUCCGGAGUCCUUAAAGGUGCUGUUCGUAGUGAAUGCUCCCAUGGUCUUCGUGGCGUUGUAUCGCCUCAUUGAGACCUGGCUCGACCCGGUGACCGCGGCAAAGAUCCAAGUACUGGGAACCAACUUCAAGCCAAAGCUCUUGGAACAUAUCGAUGCAGACCAGUUGCCUCGCGACUACGGCGGCACUGUGGAUUUCGACAUGUUGUGCGAAACCUGGUCGCGCGAGGACUGCGAACGUUACUUCAACAGCUGCCAUCGGGUCCUGCGUCCAACUGGUGAUGUAUCGCCCUGGAGCCCAAGUGAGCGCGACAACAGCGCUGACAAGAACUUUCCAAUGCCCAGAUAUGUCGUCGUGGUGAUCGUCUUCUUCGCCUUCUUUUUGUCUCAUUGUAUGUGA